CUUGUUCCUACUUUACUGUGCAUGCGUGCUGUAUUCUAUGAUUGAAUUGUUUGAAAAUUUUUUUUCUUGUUUUGUUUAUUAGAAUUUGUUUUGUUUGCAUUUAAUUAUUUCAGUAAGUGUGAAUCUGCAACUGCUCAGCAGAGAAGAAUCACAUUGUGUAUGAUCCAUACUCAUAACAAGAGGGAAACUGAAUCAGAACAUUUUCUGGGACUAUUUGUGGAGAAUGUUUUGUCAUGCGAAAUAUUGCUGUAGAAGAUGAGUACAGAAAGCCGAUCUCAGACUGCUUUGGCUUCUUUGCAUGAGACUUAUACAGAUUCUGAAGGAGAAGCAGAAUCCGAUUCAGAAGAAAUAGUACAUGAAAAAAUAGUGACACCAAAUAAAGAAAGUAGCCCAAGUUCAAUGGGUAGCAUUCCUUUCUUCACUUAUGAUAGUAUGAAAGAAAACAAGCACCAUUCAAAGCUUGUAUCUUAUUCAACAGAGGCUCAUGAAGAUGAAGAUAUGAGCGAUUCUGAUGACUCUAAAUCAUCAUCUGAUCCCAUGGAAGAUUCAUCAUCAGACAACAAAGUUGUUCCAGUUGGAGUGCCUCCUUUAUCACCUGUAUCUUUUCAUAGAAAAUUAUUGAAUUUGAAGAAAGAAGAAAUUCAGCUUCCUCCAGAACCAGUAGGCAGAUGUUCUAAGUCAUUGCAGGAAAAAAUUAGUGAAUUAUAUGAAAAGAAAACACAAGGAAAAGAUAUGAAUGCAUCUAUACAGCGUCGAAAGGACUUCAGAAAUCCAAGUAUUUAUGAAAAAUUGAUCCAGUUUUGUAACAUAGAUGAACAAGGAACAAAUUAUCCUCCUGAAACUUAUGAUCCUCAUUGUUGGGGACCUGAAUCAUUUUAUGAUGAAUUAGCAAAAAGACAAAAGGAAGAAAUGGACAAGAGAGAAAAGGAGAAAAAGGAAAGAACGAAAGUAGAAUUUAUGUCUGGUACUGUUAAGAGACCAUCAUCUGACUCCAAUUCAGAUCCUAAUAAACGGAAAAGUAAAUGGGAUGUUGGAAUUGCUCAAAUGCCUGCAUCUGCUUUGAAGCCUGCAUCUUUAGUGACACCUACGGUUUUGCCAGUGGCUACUGGAACAAAGCCAACUGUUAUCUCUGCUUUUGGUACCAUAACAAAAAAGGCUAAAUAGAUCCAAAAGUAUUCAAGAAAUUUCCAUUAAUGACACUUGUACUUUUUGCUGAUGUGUGACAUGCUAAUAUUAUACAGAUUAACAAAUGUCAGUAAAUUUUGGAAUGACAUUUUUUACCAUCAGUUUUAAUGAAUUUUAUUUUCCUAAUGUUAUUUUAAUUAUCAUCUUAGAUGGUAUGAUUUAAACAGCUUGAUAGUUGAUUUGACCUAAAUAACUAUGUUCAGGGAUUAUUUAAGGGGAACAAAAUUGUAUUUUGAAAUAGUUGAAAUUGAUUCUAGAAAUUUGCUAUGCAAUAAAUGUGUACUUUUAAAAUCAUAAAAUCCUGGUAAUGGUAAUGAUUUUUACCAAUUGUCUGCAAAACCUGUAAAUAAUCAGGUACCUUUUUAAAAUUUGAAGUGAAAAAUAUUUUGUGCAAAAUAUCUAGUAGCAUGCCAUUCUCUGUUUUAUUUAUGUAUACUAUUAAUAUUAUUGUGAAGAGUAUCAGUUCCUGCUUAUUACAAAUGCAUUGAAUCUCUAGGAAGAGAAGAGUGUGACUAAUUUUUAUAAUGUGCACAUUGUGUGCAAUUUAAAUAUUUUGCACAUUAGAACUAUGGGAUUAAUUUACAUAGGAUAUUUUGUAUCUUUUUAUUCAAAGAUUGCUGUAUCCAAUUCCCUACCCCCAUCCCCGCCCUCAACCAUUAAGCAACUAUGGAUUUGUUAUGAAAACUGAUAAGGGUUUUUGAUGCCAUGUUAUAAAUGUACUUUGUUUAAAAACAAAAGACCUUUUAAGUGUUUAAAUCUGUUUAUUUUUCAUUUUGGAGUUACAAAAUCAUUAUAUUACAAUCAGAGACAUUUAGAAUUUGAAAGAGUUAAUUGAAAUUUUUCAAGUAACAUUAGAGUGAAGUCAUAAUGAAUGAUUAUUGCUUGAUUUUUUAGUACUUUUAAGUUACUCUUAUUUUAAAUCAAAUAAUUAAGAAUAGAUGCUAUAAAAAUGUAACAGAGGUUUUUUUCUUCUUAUUUUGUUAAUUUUAAUUUGAUAAAAAUACUCUAUUAUAGAUUGUAUAAAUUCUUUUUAUUUUGCUUAAAUGAGUUAACUCCAUUUCUGUGAAUUGUAUCGGGCAAUGCAAAAUUUUUUGAGUUGCUUUUACUUUUGGUUUAGUAAAAUGAUAGUUUUCAUGAUCUGUAAUUACUUUCGGUUUUGAUAUUAAUACAGUAUACAGUUUUGCAAAAGUAAGUUGAAAAAUUAACCUUUUCUGUUUUUCACAAUAAUAAAAUUUUUUUUUAUAUUUUUCUAAAAGAAGUAUUCAUUUAUUUAUCCUUAUGUAAUAUUUAAAUUUUAAUGUUUUUAUUGUUAAAAUUUUUGCUGCUUAAUUGCUUUUAUGAAUAUUGUUCCAGGUAUCAUGUAAAUAUGUAGAAAAUUCAUUGACCUUUCUUUUAAAAAAUGCUGUAAAAUGAUGAUAUAGUCUUAUUUCCCCUUUACAAGUGUCUCAAAGUUCAAAAUUGUUGAGCUACUAUGUUUUGUAAAUAUUUGGAUUGAUUACAUUGAUUGGCAGUUGCAAUUGAUAUUUUAAAAUAUUAAAAACUUUUUUUUGUCUUAGUAUGAUUUUAUGAUUCAAAAGGCUAGUAUCAUUAAUGGAAGAAGAAACUGUGUAAAAAUUGAAUAUUGUUAUUAUUUUCACCUUGUAUAAUUGUAAAUAUGUCAUUUGUGUUGACUUCUAUUAUAUGUGCUUCAU